UGAAGAUCACAUCACAGCUGUUCGUGGCCGGUCUGGCACCCUUUGCUCAUGCAUUCCCUGCCAUGAUGUACGAAGCAGCAGCCGCCGACCCUGCGCUCGAGGCUCGUGGCAAAGAGUUGGCCAAAAUGCUUGAUGCUCGUCAGGUGGGUGCGGACGCAGCUACAGCGCUUUUCGAACCCAUCAACACGUUCAAUGCGCAGAAUCAAUUGAUCGAUGUCGGUCCCGGCAAUGGGCACGAGUAUGUACCUCCAGGUUCUGGAGACCUCAGAGGACCUUGCCCGGGUCUCAAUGCCUUUGCAAACCACAAUGAGUACAACCGCCUCAUUGCACUGAUCUUUCACCGAGAUCUCAUAGACUUCAUCCCACACAGCGGGUAUGCAACAGUCCAACAAUACAUCGAUGCAACCGUAAAGGUUGUCGUCUGGGCACUUGCUCUGCACUUGCACGAGCCAUCCCCGCAAUUCGUCCAGUCUCUGAACACCACACAUCCGAACCGUAUCGCGACAGCAGUAUCCGACGUUGCGCUACUCGGUUACGGCAUCCUUAUCAUUGUGCCGAACCGUCUUUACGCUGUUGCACCUACAGCCUUCCGCAGAUUUGCCGGGCCCAGUGGAGGACCGCACAUGGCGGACUCGCAGGACGAGCCGCUCUUAAAUGAAGGUGAAGCCUCGAUGCAGAAGGGCAGGCCAUUCAGGCGGCUCAAGAGAAGGUUUCUUGUCCUCAUGUUGUUUUUCGGUACAGCAUCGCUGUUGUUCUGGGUGUUUGGUUCUACCGGACUCGGGCGGCCACUAAAAGACACACCCACAAACGGCUCGGAUGGAGAAUUAGUCGUGACGCUACCCGGAUAUGGAACAUUCCAGGGCACACACGUCGUCGCCAACCUGCUCAAGACAACGACAUUCAGCACACCAGUUGAUGCGUGGCUUGGUGUUGACUACUCGACGCAGCCUGUUGGCGAAGGUCGAUUCAAGCCUGUCACCUGGCCAGCGGCGUUUGAGGGUAUCAAAGAUGCGACCGCUUACGGGCCAGCAUGCUGGCAGAAUGUCUACGGGUCAAUGCUGCAGUCAGAGGCCUGUCUCAACUUGAACGUCUUCCGGCCAUCUGGAGUACCUAUGGACCAGAAGCUGCCCAUCUUCGUCUUCCUUCAUGGCGGAGCAUUUGUUGGUGGAACCGGAAAGAGUUUCGAUGGCGCUGCAUUCGUAGCGAAGAGUGAGCAACCGUUGAUGGUCGUGACGGUACAAUACCGACUCGGUGCUCUUGGUAACAUUCCAAGCAAGCUCAUGGAAGAGGAGGACGGGUUGAACCUGGGCGUGCGAGACCAGCGUCAGAUGCUAGAGUUCGUGCAGAAGUAUGCUGAGUACUUUGGUGGUGACAAGGACCAGGUCACGUUGGGCGGUUUGAGCGCAGGUGGUCACUCCGUUGGCAUCCAUCUCUUCCACAACUACGGCGAGGACACAGGCAAGCCGCUCUUCAGCAGAGCAAUCCUGGCUUCUGGCUCACCUACAGCUCGCGCGUUUCCUGGAGUCGACUACCCCUUGUAUCAGCGACAAUUUGCCGAGUUCAUGGACUACGUCAACUGCCCAACAACACCCAACGAUGCUGCCCUCGCAUGCCUGCGCAACGCCGAGGUCGAUGACAUCCAGUUCAUCUCGUCCGCGAUGUACUCAAACUCUGAGUACAACAUCACCUGGCCCUGGCAACCUGUCUCGCCCGGCCCGCUUCUCGAGAAGCGCGGUUCCACCUCCGGCGAAGACGGCACAUUUUUCAAGAUUCCUAUACUAAUCUCCUCCGCAACCGACGACGGCAGCUCCUUCGCGCCCCAAAACCUACGCACCAACGCCGAAUUCGUCGCCUUCUGGAAGAACCUCGCCCCCGGUCUGACAGCCGAAGACCUGGAGGACCUGCAGCGCCUGUAUCCCGACCCGACUACCUACGGCGCCCAAAGCCCCUUCCUCCCCGUAACGAACAACUUCAUUAGCCCGCAGUUUCAAAGAAUUAGUGCUGCUUACGGUGAUUACUCCUACAUCUGCCCCGUGCAAGACACCGCCUCGCGGCUCGCCGCCGCUGGCGCACCAGUUUACAAGGCGCGCUUCAACACGCCUAAUUGGUCGCCUACAUACCUCGGUGUUCCCCAUGCGAGCGAUGCUAGCUACUUCAAUGGCCAGGCGGGUACACAGUACCCUGAGAUUGCUGAUAUUUACAGUAGUUAUUAUGCUAGCUUUGUGGUUAGCGGUGACCCGAAUACGUAUGCCGUUGCGGGCGCAGCGAAAUGGGAGACCUAUAGUGGAACUACAGGGAAUCACUUAGUCAUCAAUCCGCCAGAACAGGGCGGGCCAAAGAUGGAAGAGGAAGCGGAGGGUAUCAGAAUUGAGCAGUGCGCUUGGUGGCGCGACGAAGCUCGCGCCAAACGGUUGAACAAGUAACCUCAGAUCGUAGUAUUGCUGGUCCGAU